AUGUAACCCAUUAAGAUUUCAUUUCAUAAAUUAAAUUGAUGGAUGUUUUAAUGAUUAAAUAAAAUAAUUUAAAUUUUUAACUAAAUCGAAUGAACGUAACAUAUACGAAGUGAGUUUAAUGUGGGUUUUGAGUAGAUAAGGUAGAAUAGUUGCAACGGUUGUGUUGUGUUGUGUUUGUGAUAAUGGCUUCUUCCACAUCAAUUCAUUGCUCUGUUUCACUUCCUUCACUUCCCAAACUCACCAAUUUCAAAACCAAUAAUUUCUUCUCUUUCAAUCCAACAAACCCUAACUCCAUUCUCUCAUCAUCCCUCUCCACCGUCAGAUCCUCCGCUUCUUCCUCUUUCUCCUCAACAGCAUUCGAAGAUACUGCUAUGAGCAUUGAUAACUUACGCCGCUUCUUCAACAUCAAUAUCGGAAAAUGGAACGGCUCUUUCUAUCAAUUUGAUGCUGGUGGGAAGCUGUUGCAACGAGUGAGUACUAAGCUUUCUGUUAGUUCUUAUGGGGAAGGUGAACUCAUGAGUCUCAUUCAAUCGCUUUAUAUUAAACAACCUUCAUCAAACACUUCAAUUUCUGGAGACGAUGAUGAUACGGAAUGGGCAGAGUACAAAAUUAAAGAAACCAACAUGUUUACUGUUGACAAGUAUCAACAAAUAGGCUUUUUUCCAUCCGAGAAGGCAUUUGCAUUGAGGUAUCAAACAGCUGGUAUGUUGGAAACUGUAUUAAGGCAAGGGGUUCUUGGAGAAGAUGACACUGGUGAAGAAUCACCUAGAAAUCUCAAGCUUCCCUCUCGUCGACCUUCUAUUGUAUGUGAGAAUUGCCUGUACUCUCUGCAGAGAGAUAUGCGAGCAAGAGCCUUUCAUAUUUUGGAGCCAAAGGGCACGGUUGAUAUGCUUAUCAUCUUCCUAGAGGAAAGAAGUGAAGGGUCUCCGCCUCCUCUACUUGACACUUCUAGGGAGUCGGAGAAUAGGAUUACACCCUUUCUUGGUAAAUGGAAAGGUCAUUCUGUUACGAAGCGAAGUGGUGUCUAUGGAUCUACAAUUGCUGAAGCUGAUACAGUUGUGUUACAUGAGAUGAAUGACAAUGGCCAACUUAUUCAGGAUGUUACUUGUACAUCUGAUGGAGCAAAUGUUACCACCAAUGUGCAUUGGACUGGCACAAUAUCAGACAAUUUAGUCACAUUUGAUGGUGGUUAUCAGAUGAUACUAUUGCCUGGCGGCAUGUACAUGGGAUGUCCUUAUGAUGUUGCAAAAAGUGUAGCACAAUCAAAAUCUUUCCAUUUGGAGUUCUGUUGGUUGGAGACACCAGAUAAGAGACAAAGACUGGUUCGCACGUAUGACGUGGAAGGCUUGGCUGUCUCAUCUACUUAUUUUGUUGAGACUAAAUUGUGAACCCGCUUUUAUCUUUUUCACCUUUUAUAUUUUUAAUAGUGAAGAUUGCCCAUAUAAAACUCAUUUACAUUUUGCAUAACUUUCAUCCAUUGAUUGAAUAUGAUUGGUUAAUAUAUUUAUUGAGCUUUUGAUGUGAUGUAGUUUAGAGCUCAAGGAAAUGUUUGUGCUUGUAAGUUGUAGCUUUAUUUGAUUAUCCUUCUCACCUUCUGUAAUCAUUAUUUGUCGAAGAUUCGCCUGUAAAUUUGUAAUCUGGUUCAACCAAAUUUCUGGUCCAACCAAAUUUCUGGUCCUAUAUUACAGAAAAAUUGCAAUUCCUCAA